CCAUAACACCCCUUCUAUCCCAUUCUCUUCUUCCGCUGCCACGGUUCCAGAAGCUGCCAGAAUGGCCAAAUAUCCACAAUCCCCGAUGUUAUCCGUUCUUCUACGAAUAUCUGUAUCCUACAGCUCGGAGACAUGGCUGACUGAGACAAGGCCCGUUCGACGGAAGCGGAACACACCUCCGUCUAUACGUUUUGUAGACCGACAUAGAAAAUAGAUAUCUCUCUUUUGAAGAAGAACCUGCACUUUUCUAUUUCUGUCUUUAAACUCGCCGGGGUUGCAUCGCCCCCGGGGGAUAAAUCAAAAGCAAGGGAGGAUAUUUGAUCCAUGACUGCCUAGAACAGAACCAGAAAUCUCAAUACGUUCUCUACCUUACUCGCCUACCUCCAGAAUCCCGGGUUUUACGUUGAGUCGUUUAGCCACGUUGCGCUAUCGUCUAUCUAUUCACAUGAUCUCAUAGAUCCUAAUAGCUUCGGAUACGAUGUGCAUGUGCUGCCAGCCAGGAGAUCAUCUUACCAGGUAAGUCUACUCCAGAAAGUUUUUCUUACAAGCGCCUAGCGCACGAUGCAUUAGUCAAGGCCAGAAACUCCCAAAAGGAGCACAACUUAAUGCAUAUCGCUAUGGAUAGUAAUUUGUUUGUUUUGUUGGAGGAACAAAGACAUCAAUGUGAACGCGUGUGCCUCUGGAAUGUACGUUGGACCUAGUCUGGAUUGUCGACAAAUUCCAUCGAGGAAUAACACCAAACACGGUGUCCAUUUCUUUACGCAUCCGAUCCUAGCUGUGCUGAGCUUCAAGGGGUUGAAAACUCUCCGCCGAAUUAUGCGACAUGAACCAAUGGCUACCUCUCGUAUCGCCUCAUAUCAUGUCCCAAAGCAGGAACUGCCGCGGCGUACUCACACGGGAAACAUGUCGUUGAGUCUCGCUUUAGCCCUGAAAGACAGCGCGCUAGGAACAACUCCGUUGAGCCACCAGCAAACUUUCUUGUCUUUACUCAAAGCAGACGCUCCUUAUGUUGCUGCUGCUAUUCCGCGUAUUCUCUGCGCCGUCGGCGCGUCAAUCGUAAAUCGCCGACAGGAAGCAAGCUGGGCUGAAUUAAGGGGAAUAGCGUUUUAUUCCCUGCUAUCUCUUCUCGAGCUACAAUUAUUGCUAUCUAUAUCUCUACUGUGGCUGGUAUUUCCUGGCUUACUCCUUUCACCUUGGUUGGCCUUGCAAACCGCUUCCAUAUGGAUUCUUAUCCGUUAUAUAAACGGUGGGCCGCGAUCCUCAAAAUUCGUCACGGAGAGGUUUCAAGAUGACAUCUCAAGUAGCCAAGAGGAGCGCUUCGAUUGGUUUGUUGUUGGUGGUUUUAUGCACGAUGAGCACAUGCGCCAGGAGCUCGCACCAAAGCUAACGAGAAUCUUUGGUCACGAUAUGCACAUCUUCGUAGCUUAUAAGCUAGGCUUCUUAUUCGACAUCAUACUUAUAUUCCUCCAACGAAGCCUCCAUAUCCCUACGACAAGAUCUGUAAACCUCUAUAACUCCGUUCGAGCAAGCCUGUUGAAGCCAGAAACGAAAGGUGUUCGCAUCCUUGCGCAUAACACGGGGGCUCUGGAUGUCUCAUGGCUACUCUCCCGCCUUUGCGCCGAUUUCCCUCCUGGAGAUCGACUAGGCAAGCUCCAGGUGUUCACAUUCGGCGCUGCAUCCAUAGAAAUGACCUUGCCUCUUGGCCAUGUCUCGUAUCAACGAAUCGAGGAUGACUCGGAUUCCCUUUUCCCUUUAAUCACCCAUUUUGCAUUCACAGACGACCCAUUUGCGCAAAUCGGUGUGCUCCUUGGGAUCCGCCAGAGGCUAGAGGGUCGCUUCGUAGGUAGUCUAUACACCAUUCAUACCACUACGCUAGUUUCAGCAAAGUCUCGCCUAUUACCUCGUAGUCGUCGUUACACUUUCGAUGACUACUUAAACGCUCUUCUACCUGAUGGGAGUCCUCGACACGGUGUUCUCAGUCAAGUAUGCAAGAUAGAUCGCGAACUGAGUGAAAUGCGAGAGCUGGCUGCCUUGGCACAGAGCGUUACUAACGAGCGACUAAGGACACGAAGGGAACGUCUAAGCUGGACCGCACUCGGAGCAAUGGCAAAUACCACGUCCAACGGAUACGGUGGGCGUGAUGAUAGGUCACAGCCUUUCUCUCUGGAAGAAGUUAGGAAGGAAGGCAGGUCUUUGGAAGGGCUCAGGGGGUAUGAAAACAACCCACUAGUCAAUGCAGUGAAUGAUGCUAGAUAUCGCAUGCGUUCUAAGAAACACGCGACGGGUGCAAAAGCCAUGGCAAACACCGAGGCUUUACGUGUGAAUCCCGGUAAGUACAAAUACUAGUUAAAGGUGUCAUUGUCGGGGAAUGAGAGAUCUGUUGGGAAAUCGUAUUGUAUCGUACCCGGAAGUGUUUUAAAGGAGGGGGAGGCUCGCAGUCUAUAUUCUCUUUAGGUUUGCCCGUUAUACAGUCUAGCUAGCAAAACUAC